AUGUCGUUCUCCUUCUUCAAGCCAUCGAGGCCUAAAACGCCUCAAGAGGUCGUUAAGGCGAUCAGAGACAGUCUCAUGGCUCUCGACACCAAAACCGUCGUCGAAGUUAAAGCCCUCGAGAAGGCUCUGGAAGAAGUUGAGAAGAAUUUCUCUUCUCUGAGAGGAAUGCUUUCUGGAGAUGGUGAGGCUGAGCCAAAUGCUGAUCAAGCUGUUCAGUUAGCAUUGGAGUUUUGCAAAGAAGAUGUUAUCUCUUUUGUUAUUCAUAAGCUACACAUUUUGGGAUGGGAAGCAAGAAAGGAUUUACUGCAUUGCUGGUCUAUCUUGUUGAAGCAAAAAGUCGGCGAGACUUAUUGCUGUGUGCAAUACUUUGAAGACCAUUUCGAGUUGCUCGACUCUUUGGUUGUAUGCUAUGACAACAAGGAGAUUGCUCUGCAUUGUGGAAGUAUGCUUAGGGAAUGCAUCAAGUUCCCAAGUCUUGCUAAGUAUAUUUUAGAGUCUGCCUGCUUUGAGUUAUUCUUUAAGUUUGUGGAAUUGCCAAACUUUGAUGUUGCUUCUGAUGCAUUUUCGACAUUCAAGGAUCUUCUCACAAAACAUGACUCUGUGGUUUCCGAGUUUCUCACUGCUCAUUACACUGAGUUCUUUGAUGUUUAUGAAAGACUUUUGACAUCUUCAAAUUAUGUGACGAGAAGGCAAUCUCUGAAGCUUCUCUCGGAUUUCUUAUUGGAGCCUCCAAAUUCACACAUCAUGAAGAAAUUCAUCUUAGAAGUUCGCUAUAUGAAAGUCAUAAUGACACUCUUGAAGGACUCGAGCAAGAAUAUUCAAAUAUCAGCCUUCCAUAUAUUCAAGAUCUUUGUUGCGAAUCCUAAUAAGCCGCAAGAAGUGAAGAUCAUUUUGGCAAGAAACCAUGAGAAAUUACUUGAGCUCCUUCACAAUUUGUCCCCUGGUAAAGGCUCUGAAGAUGAUCAAUUCGAAGAGGAAAAGGAGCUGAUCAUCGAGGAGAUCCAAAAAAUGUCGCGCCUGAAAAACCUCGAGCUUUGA